AUGACUGAAUUUAGUCCGCCUCCAUUGCGUGCCCCUACGGCAUGUGUUGCGUGUAACAAGAAAAAGGUAAAGGAGUGUCCAGAUCGUCAGCGCGAGCGAAAGAGGCAACGCCGACAAGCCCAGGGGCAUGAAUCUGGAAUAUCAGAAGAGAGAGGUCAUAAAAGACGACAGUUGCCAGGAUCGAGUUACGCAACUUCGUCACCACAGCCCGAGACUGAGCAGUAUUCUGUUCAUGGAAAUGGUCCUAGUUUACAAUGCGAACAAAUGCCCACUCCCCGCGGAGAAAGUGGUAUCUAUUCACUUUCCUCCGAUUCGCCAAGCAAUACAGACAUAUCGCGGUCAUCAAAUCCCUACUCAUCGGCAUCUAGUUUGAGCUUCAUGGCUAGGUCCCGCUACUUUGAAGAUUCGGUAGUGAUAAACGAGGACCAGGCUAGGUCUUACCCAAUUGGCGAGAGUGACGGGCCGACUGACGACGAUAUCCAAAUACUGCGGCUCCAAGGAGCAUUCGAACUCCCACCUCGAGCAGUGAAAGAAGGGUUGAUUAACACAUUUAUAGAAAAAUGUUCACCGUGGAUGCCUAUCAUUGAACGCAGCUGGUUGGAAGAAAGUGGUUUCCAAAAGCCAUCCAUGCUACUUCUUCAGUCCAUAUUUGUGGCAGCUAGUCGGGUAACUUCAGCACCGGCCGUCACUGCAUAUGCAUCCACGCAUCAGUUUUAUCGUCGUGCGAAAGCCUUGUUCUGGUCAGGGUAUGAGAAAAAUCCGGUAGCAGUCGUUGCUGCUGUCUGUAUCUUACAUUGGUACAAUCCGGAAGGCCCCGAGCAUGUCUCUACAAACACUAGCGGGUUUUGGCGAUAUGUAGGAGUUGGAUUAGCGCAUCAAAUUGGUCUACACAAAGAGCCCACAGAUAGAAGAGACGCACCUCUGAGACGUCGACUCUGGUGGACCUUGUUUGCUAGGGAUUGCUUGAUAUCAGCUGGGCAAGGUCGCCCUCUUGCAGUCGUAAUAGAUGAUUGUGAACUGAAUCCUCCUUGCCAAGAGGACUUUCAAGAUUCGAGCUCGAGCGGUGAUCUUUUCAUUGCCUAUGUUGAGAUCAGCUCUAUUCUUGGUCACCUCACCCAGUACUGUCGGCGGAAAUCCCUCACCCGUCAAAUCAAAAAGGAUAUCGAGAAUCGCCUUUAUCGAUGGACCCGGGAACUGCCUGUGGAACUGAGACUUUUCCAGAGUUCAUUCUCAAACACCACACAAUGGAAUGUUAGUUUGCGGAAUAAACUAUCUUCAUAUAGCUUUGAAGCCCGACAACUUCACAUUCCAUAUUUCGUUUGUCUUGCAAUAAUGUGUCGCCCUAGUCCGGGAGAAAGUCCAUCAUCUGCGGUGAUACUUGCGUCUUCUUUCAUAGUGGGGAUAUUCGAAGAUUUCCUCGCUCGAGAUGAACUACAAUUUCUUGGUCCCAUAUUCACAUUCCAUUUACUAGCAGCAGGUAUUGGAUUGCUCUCCAGUAAUACAAUACCACAGCUGUGGGAACAAGCGUCGGAUAGUCUGAACACAAUUUAUAUGUCAUUGGAAGUCCUUGCAAAACGCUGGUCAUCUGCGAAAGGCAGCCUCAGAGCCCUGAAAAGUAUUGCCGAGAAACAGCAAAAUGCAAGAAGGCCUGAGGAAUGCCAACAUUUAGGAUUAGAACGCGAGUACAAGCCAUUUUUCGAGGGAUUUGGUCCUGAAAUAUCCUGGACUUGGCCGUACCUUUUCCCUAAUACUUCCAGUAGCACCGGUCCCACAGAGCUUGUUUUGGCAUCUGGAAGCCCUGAUAUUACAUUUGAUGCGUUCGCCGAGUCUCGACCUGCAGAUACAUCAUCUCCACACGAUGAAUAUCGACCGCUUACGACAAUUUUAGAUCCCAGUAUAGGGAAUGCUACUGGAAGUACAAGACGAGCUCUGACAGACGAUUUCUUUCACAACCAGUAUGAAGGCAUGGGGGAUUGGCUAUUCAAGGACCUCGACUGGAGUGCUGAUAUUCCUUGGUAA